UUUCUCAGAGGUGUGAUGAAGUAACCAUAAUAACUGCCUGAGUAAUGACAGCGAUGAUUUUUCGGACCGAACGGAACAAACAGAGGGAAAGGGUACCUCCGUUUGUUGACUGCCUCCGUGGCAAUCGUCGCCAGACGAUUCGUCUUUAGUAAGCUGACUACGUUAAGACAGAAUCGUCUAUACUAUGAUAGAUUCUUUCGCAAGAACUCCGACACGAACGUGUUCUAUAAGCUAAAUUGUGCUAUCCAUUGCAAUGUCAGUGAUGAAGCGUUUCUGGCGACCCAUUGUCGACGUGUGAGAUGUGGUGCUCAUUUUUGCUAUUUUGCAAGCUCCAUGAACGCAACGGUAAGGUUGUGUGCGAUCGUCCGCCUGCGCGUAUUCGGAACCAUAGCAAAUUCUCACGCUGAGCCUAGACAGUCGAGUGACGAACGGGAAUUUAAGUCGUAACUUAGUCAAAUUAGGACAACUUGAAAGACUCGAUGAACUACUCAUUACUGUCGAUUGUCCAAUCGAACAAGACGGCUACGUAAAGCGGCGCAUUUGGCCGAACGUUGUCAAACGCUUGGAGCUUGCGUUGGCAAUGGCCCCGCCGGCACGUGGGGCCCGCGAGCAAAAGCUAUCAGAUGGAUUGCGAAAGUUACAAGAAUUUCAGAGGCGAAAAGAACAGUCAGCCGUAGCGGCCUCGGCCUCGUCUACGUCUACUGAAACUACCAUACAAAGUGCUACUUCAUCGCAACAGCAGCCGCAGCCAUCUUUGGCAUCUCGUCAGGGGUUACAAGAUGCCAUCCUGCAACAAGCUCAAUAUCAUUCAACACCUAGCGUCGACCAGAGCCCCCCGCAAAUGGCAGGAGCCAUUACACAGGCAGCCAUCUGCGCUCCACUGACUUCAACUGCUGCAGUAGUAUCACCUGUGACGGUCUCUUCUUCGACGGAUGGCGAGCUCGGGCCUCGUUUGCAGAAUCUCAUUAGCCAGUUAGCGGCCGUCGCUGCGUCCGGGGCCACGCGAGAUCUUCGCCAGCUUGAGGAGUUACAGAGACAUUGUGUGCAGCUGGCACGCGAAGCUGAUGAGGCUCAGCGAGGCCGACAAGGUCAGGCCGCUCAACUGGACUCACUUCGGGCAUCACAUUCACAAGCGACACGAACAAUUGAGCUUUUAGUAGAAGAAAAAUCGCGAUUACAAACUGCGGUCGAUUCGCUUGAGCGGCAGCUUCGGGUACGUGCUCACGAGGCUCUGGUGCGCGAUGCUGAGAUUCGAUCGUUACGUGAACGUGCUACCAUUAACGACGGCCAGAUAGCUCGUUUAUUGAAAGAGAAAGAGCAGUGGACACGAAAAGCACAAGCCGGUGGAGCUGCUGGAAGUGAAACCCCACCGUUAGACGGUGCUGCAAACUCGACUGUCGAGACAAGUUAUACUAAUUUGCAAAAGCAGGUGCUAGAACUUGAGGAACAACUAAGACUAUCGGCUGAAAAGAUAGCUCAGCUUCAACGGACCGAGGAACAAAGCCGGACCGCUUAUGACGCUGCUCGAAAUGAGCUUGAAGUGGCUCAAGCUUAUGUUCGCCAACUGGCUGGCACCAGCGGUGACGAGAGUGCGGACAACUUAAAUAAAGCCGAGGCUACGAGAAAGGCUCUCGAGUCUCAGCUGGAACGACUUCGUGAGGAACUUGAAACAGAAGUUCAUGAACGGAACGCUGCCGAUUUGAUUGCUCGUAACCUUGAAGCAAGUAAUCGAGGUCUGCAACAAAGGGUUGUCGAGCUGGAGAGAGCUGCGGCCGCAUCCAUUACCGCUCAGUCACAGCCACUGCAAACGGUGGGCUCUAGUAGCCUCGGAUACGAUGUGGAACAACGGGAUGUAGGGUCUCAAACUGACGCCGACGACCACAUAGGAACUCGCGCAGAUGCAGAUAUGCGUCUAAUGGACCUCGCUGAACAAAACAAACAAUUCCAGACUGAGCUUUAUCAACUACAAGAGCAGCUCUGCAGUGAACGUGGCCUGUGGUCCGAGCAAACGAUGGUACUAAAAGGCCAAAUAGCAACAAACGCGGACGAAUUACAGCGAGCUAAGGUUGAUGCCAGUCGAGCCGUCUCGCAGAACAGGCAACUUAAAAGUCAAAUCGAAGAGUUGCAGGACGUCUUCGUUAAACUUAGCAACGACAAACUUGAUUUGACGGAAGACGUCCAUCGAGAGCGAUAUCGAGCGCAACAGCUGGAGGCGCGCUUGCGUGACCUGGAAACGACAAUAGAACUACAGCAGGCGCAGGCUACAGAGAAGGGAAAGGACGAAUUAGGCCCAAGCAGUGUUGCGAUAGAAGCUUUUGAGCAUAACGCUAGCACUAUGGACAGUCAGUUACAACAGUACGCCCUUCAAGUUCAACGGUUAGAGGCCCAGCUCACAGAGUGCACUAGUCGGUACGCGUCGUUGGAGCGCCAGAACGCUCAGUGUACUCUAAAACAUAAGGCAGAAGCACGCUUACAUCAACAACAACCGCUCAAAUACACCUACGGUGUAUCGCGAAUUACUGAAGAUGAAGGCAGCCGAAGUUUGGAUACAUCACAAACGUUGGGCGAUUCGCCUGGAGGCUCUUUGUCGCUGUCCGAGUAUGAGUUUGUUGAUACGGCGCCCCAUGGAACGCAUCAGCCGUCAGCACGAAAUGCGGCCUCUAAUAGCGACAGUGACGCGGUCAAUAACAAUAACUCUGAUACCAGCAAUCACAAUGCCGAUACGGCCGCUAACGUUUACUAUACUGGUGCCGUGGUGGACCAUAAUGACUCUGUUGGGGGAGACUUAGCCGAAUCAAUAGGGGACGCUAUGUACUCACUGGAUAACCUUUCAACGACAUCCAGUCGAAACGAGAAAACGUCCCACGAAAUGGACCAGCCGACAAAAGUUCCAAUGGGAACUCCGGUAGAAGCCGUCAUUGAGAGGGAACAUGAACGAAGGCUAACAGAGGCUGCUCUAAAGAUUACGCGCUUACAAGAUGAAAAGAGUCAGCUGGAACACCAAGUCGAACAGUUACGUAUGGAGACAGACACAAUUUCCGACUAUAUCCAACUAUACCAACAACAGCGCGCGGCACUUAAUCAACGUCAACGGGAACGGGAUGCCCAGAUUAAGCAGCUGCUCGAGGAUCGGGAGGCAUUAUCAAGUAAGGUGAAUCAGUUGCAGUCGCUUAUAGGAAAAAUACUUCCUAUGACCUCAAGUCAACAAAACCAUCAGCAGCCGCAAAAACCGGCUCAUGGCAAUCCGACUGCGGCCUUUUCACCCGUUCCAGAACAGGCUUCAAAGGGCACAGCCGUCGUUGGCAGUACCAGCAGUGAUCCAACAUCGAACGAGGUGAUCGCGCAUAAAAUUCUGCAAACUCUCGAAGACCUAACCGAGGUGUCGACGGCUCCUCCUGCCGGCCUCAACACUUUUUAUCGCUGCUCAUCGUGCCAAGGGUGUCAUGGGAAACUUCUGUCCCUGUAAGCCUUUGGCAUAAGGUUCCUCAAGUUGACACAUACGGAUUAUGACCAGUUGACUGCUGCUGCCAUUAAUCAGUACUCGUAAACGCUGUUGAGCUGAAUAAGUAGACGCACAGUGACGCGAACGACACGCACCCAGCAUAGAUUUUUGCGUGUGAAAUACACGCAAAUACACGUUGUGUCACGGUGUGCCUAUGUGUGCUAAAAAUCCCAAAUGGUCAAAUUAUCGGUGUACGUGACACCAGCGAUGGAUCGAUCGUUAGUUGCUGUUUUGAAUGAAGAACAAACCUAAUAUGUUGCUCGGUAGACAGCAUUUUUCCAAGUCAAGUAUUUAAUUUUCAUCUCUAUUUUUGAGCUUUUCCUUACAUUCGACUCCUGUUAACUAAGAGCCACCAGUAGAUAGAAUCUAAUUUAAACUCGAUUGCUACGAAUAAUUUCGAACGAAACAGUUGUUACUUCAAAACAAAAUACUGCUGCUGUUGUUGCCUGAUAGAAGCAUCUUCUUUAUUUUUUGACACGAAAAUAAGUAAUAAUAAUUCAGGAGUAAUGAUGACCGAAACAGAAUUUGUGUUUUAAAUAUCUAACCUUCUAAUUGAUUGGGUCGUAGGCGAAUUGUCGCAUGGUAUAAGUCUAAUGUUGGGCUUCAUUCUUAUCUAGGCGCAAUUUUUAGUGGUUUCUCGUGAAUUUUGGCAAAGGAUGGCGUACCGGACGAAAAAACCAUCGAUGGUUAAAGUGAUGCCUAGUAAGCCUGAAAGGACAUGGCCUUUUAACUAGGGUGAUUAGUUAUACCAGUCUGGCGGCGAUGACUGCAGCCCAUAAUGUAACGCCAUCGAAAAUCCGGAAUAUUGAUACGCUGUCUAGCAUUUCCCUACGACGACUGACGUUGCCGUUUUUAUUGAGCGGCGGAUGGGAACUUAUUUUUCUCAAAACAGGUGUAUUUAUAUAUCAAUCCCUAAAUAACAACUAUACAUAUUACAGCAGACUUGAACCUUACACAGUGUUCCAGCCAGAAAGGGUACGAUACAGAUACUCGCUAGAAGUUUGUUGGUGUGAUACGCCGUAUGUUAUAAUGUGAGGAUGAAAACAACGAAGACGUUGUAUAAUGAAAACAGUAGACGAGAUCCGAUUUCGUACUGUGCUGCUUUGAUCUUUACAUGUCAACCAUAGAUUCUCAAUAGGAAAACAAAUCAUAAUUUUGCUUAUUAGUACCUUUUUUUUUCGCUGAAAUAGUUAACUUUCUUGCCAAUUAAUUGAGGUUAAUUUAUCUACCAGAAAAUGAGUAACCGAUCAGCGUUAUAACUAUAGCUGCUGCCGGCGAAAACAGAAUAUAUAUCAGUUGCGUCAGGAUUCUAACGCUUUUAUCUGUAUUGUCGGUUCGGAGACAGCAUAGAUUUUAAGUAAAAACAGGUUAAGAAAAGAUAUUCAUAGUUGCAUUACAUUGGUCCUAUAAGUUUGGGGGAACUGUGGGGUUGACACGAUAAUAGCACGGAAAUAGCAUAAGAUCCACGGACUUCAUAACAAUGGCUGUCAAAGUUGAUGUCA